AUGGGGACAUUCAACGUCCGCACUCUAAGACAAACAGGUCAACAGGCUGCACUCGCACGCACCUUGGACACACUGGGUAUUGAUGUGUGUUGCGUGUCCGACACCAGGAUCAAUGACCCUAACGGGGUUAUUGAAUUAACUGCACCCGACUUAUCCUCUCGUUAUUGGUUGCGAGCAUCCGGAGACGCCGAUGCAGCACUCAUGGGUCAAGCUGGUGUAGGUACCAUUCUUAUCUCCAAGGCUGUGACAUCGUUGGUGGAGUGGAUUCCGAUGAACAGCCGUUUAUGUGCAGCCCUUUUGACUACAUCAGCUAAGGUUGAUUCACGAAGUAGUACAAAACGGUGUUUGUUUGUGAUUUCCGCUUAUGCUCCCACCGACUGCAGUUCUAAUCAUGAACUGAACGCGCUACUACGCAGUGCUACUAGUUGA